GUUGGCUACACAAAGAAACCUCCAGCAACAAAACGAACAGUUCAAGUCAAAAACUGUGAUGAUGACGACAAUGUUCGCUCAGAAGAUGAUCAAACUAUCACUGGUAAAAUUGUUGUUCAAGAUUGUCCAUGUGAAAAACGAUUCAAAAACAAUGCAACACGACUUGCUGCACUUUCUGCUACUCUUGAUAAACAACUUCGUGCUUAUUAUCAAAAGCUCUAUAAUACCAACAUCAACUAUAAAUGUAAUGUAAAAGUGCUCAGUGGAAAUAGUACACACACAGUAUUUGCAUAUACUGUUCAAAUACCAAAACCAGAACAUACACGAGCACGAGCAGCAUUCAAAUUACUCUGUAAAGAUGAAGAAGUGAAAAAAACAAUUGAAACAGCAUCAAUCAAACACGAAGGCGACGACGACAGUGACAGCAGUAGUUCAGAAGACCAUGAGAGUAGUGGUAGUGCUGAAAAAGGUCAAACUUUGGCAACAACACCCGCCACAGCAAAGAAGAUCACUAUUGCACCUCUAGAAAAACCAACCCAAUCUGAAGCAACUCAGAAGCCAGCAGUUUCUACAUCUGCAGCUGUUGUGACAUCGAAACCUACUACAAAAUCUGGUAAAAUAGUCAAGCCAAGCAAGCCAUCAACUGUAGAUUGUGACAAAGACCAUACAGUAAAAGCACAAGAUGAUAAGAAUCUACAAGGUGUUUUGGUAGUCAAAUCAUGUCAUGCGACACGUUUUGCUCGCAAACAAAGUCGAUGUACCAAUGUGGGCAAUAAACUGGGUACACUUCUCAAGAAUCGUCUAGACAAAGCUGGUCUCAAAGGCCAAUAUCCUGUAAAAAUUGUCAAGACAUUAGGCGACAAGACACAAACUGAAUUUCAUUAUACAAUACCAUGUGACAAGUCACAACAUCAAAUAGUCAUUAAUCAAUUGAAAGAUACUUGCAAAGAUAAAGAUUUGAUUGAUACUAUCACCGCAGAAAAUCAACCUGAUGAAGAUGAUUCAAGCUCAGAAAGUGACGAUGAAACUGUAGAACAACCAACAACGAAAGUGCCAUCAAAAGCAACACCACAAAGCAAAGUCACUCCUGCUACAAGUGAACAGUCCAGUAAGAUAUCUCUCUUUGAUGCAGUGAUUAAAUCUCCAUCCUUAAUACUAUCCGAUAUCAGGCGCUGUUUUUAGCAAGCCUACAGGCAGUCAAAGUAGUAGUACAUUGAUACAGGGAUGAUACUAACUGUAAUAUUGGAAUAAGAAGGCGUUUCUUCCUUUAUAAACUUCAUGAUAAUACAAGUCUAUCUGCCUUUCUUUUCUGCAGCCUCACAUCUUUAUUGUUUCUGACAUCUCUAACCAUAGAAAUCUUCUCAUUGACCUGUUUUGAAACAUUAUGGUACUAUCUGUUUAUAUACUGUUCUAGCACAACGCAAGACUACAACAGUUGGCUACACAAAGAAACCUCCAGCAACAAAACGAACAGUUCAAG